UCCGGCGCCAGGAUGUGGGCCCGGCGGCGAAGUCGCCCCGGGCCGGCGGGGUGCGGGGUGGACGAGCUCCGGCGCCGCCGGCGGGAGCGCGAAGCCGCUCUGAGGAAGGCGCGGCGGGAGCGGCAGCUGGUGAGCAAGAGGCUGCUGCGCGAGGACGCGGAGGAAGCCGACGGGGAGAGUGCGGCCCCCGGCCCGGCCCUGGGGGCAAGCGAGAUCCGGCAGUUCCUGCAGCUGGCCCAACGGGGGCCAGAGGAAAAAGAGAGACAGUGUGCUCUGAUCAGUCUUCGGCGAGGUUUGCAGCACCCUGAGACACAGCAGACCUUCAUCGGGCUGGAGGGAAGCAUACGAACUCUCCUUGGGCUCCUGACCAGCAACCAUGCCCUACUGCAGCUUGAGGCUGCCAGGUGCCUUCAUGAGCUCUCACAUUCUGAACAAAGUGUGGUGGCAGAGGCCUGCCUACCGGCCACUUCGUAUCUUCUUACCUACCUCUCCGGGCACAGCUCAGACUUCAUAGAGCUCUGCCUGUAUACACUGGGCAACCUGGUUGUGGAGAGUGAAGCUGUGAGGAAGCAGCUCCUGCCACAGGGCAUUAUUCCAGCUUUGGCUGCCUGUGUCCAGUCCCCCCACCUACCUGUGCUGGAAGCCCUUGGAUAUGCUUUGUCCCAGCUCCUACAGGCCAAGGAAGCACCGGAGACUAUCAUCCCGCAUCUUCCCUGCUGUGCUUCCUACUCACAUCUCUGCUUCUGCUACAGCUCCGUCUUGGCAUCCAGUCUUCCUCAAUACAUGCUGCAACUCUUGAAACCUGGCCCAAAACUGAAUCUUGGGGUGGCUGUGGAGUUUGCCUGGUGCCUUCACUACCUCAUCUGCAGCCAGGUCAACAAUUCCCUGCUCAUCAGCCAGGGGGCUCUGUCCACUCUGGGGCUGCUGCUGUUGGAUGUCGCAGAGGCUGUCCAAAGAACCAACAAUGCAGGAUUGGAGCUGCUGGCAUGUCCUGUGCUUCGGUGUCUGAGUAACUUGCUAACAGAGACAGCAGCAGAAUCUGUGGAAGGGCAAACACAGCUCAGAGAUGAGCGUAUCGUGGCCGCAUUAUUUCUGCUUUUGCAGUUUUUCUUCCACAAACAGCCCGGCCUACUUCCUGAAGGCCUUUGGCUCCUUAAUAACCUUACUGCAAACAGUCCUUCGUUUUGUACCUCUUUGCUCUCCCUGAACCUGGUUGGGCCCCUCUUGCAGUUACUACCAGUAUCUAAUGUGGUGCGUGUACUGGUGCUCACAGUUCUGUGCAACAUUGCAGAGAAGGGACCUGCUUACUGCCAGCAUCUGUGGCCUGGGCCCCUGCUGCCAGCCUUGUUGGACAUCUUAGUCUUCUCUGAUACUGAAGUAGUUGGCCAAAGUUUGGAGCUGCUACAACUACUAUUUCUCUAUAGGCCAGAGGCUAGCGAAGCCUUCCUGCAGAACUCAGGGCAACAGGCCCUAGAAAAACAUCAAGCAGAGGUACAGCUUAAGGACCGUGUGCAAGUUCUCCUGCAGAAAGCUCUUCACCAGUGAUCUUGCUUCUUGGACACUCAUGCCAAUCCUACCUCCUUUGCUCCUCCAGUUUCCUUGCC